AUGUUGAUUUUUAAAAGGCACUUUUCUAGAUUUAUAAAUAAUAAUUCAAAAAAAACUGCAAGAAAAAAUUUUCAUAAAAAUUUAACUCAAUAUAAAAAUACAACAAAUAAUGUAACAAAUCAAAAUGAGAAUAACAAAUUAAGUAGAGGUGGAGGAUUAUUAAAUACUUUUUAUGAAAGUUUUAUAUAUGGUUGUGGUUUUUUUUUAAGUAACAGAUUGCUUGAUCAAAUAUUUGGUCCCAGGCAUUACGAUACUUAUAAUAGUAACACAGAUAAUUACGUUGAUGAAAAUCAAAAUAAUUAUAUGGACCAAAGUCAAAGUAAUUACUCAAAUGAAAAUUUUCUAAAUAAUGAUUCAACUAUUGACGAUGAUGACUUUAAGCAAGAUAUAGGUCUUGAUGAUGAUACUUUUGAGAUUUAA